GCAGGGUAGAUGGGUGUUGUGGGUGUGUUCAUUCCCUGCAUUCAGUGCGACGUUUCUUCUCUCUAACAGUUUAAGAUGGCGACCGUGCAUCUAAGGAUCGGGGAUCUGGUUUGGGGUAAGCUUGGACGCUAUCCACCUUGGCCAGGCAAGAUCGUCAGUCCUCCGAAGGAUCUGAAAAAGCCAAGAGGCAAAAAAUGUUUCUUUGUCAAGUUUUUUGGAACUGAAGAUCACGCUUGGAUAAAGGUAGAGCAGCUGAAGCCUUACCACCCCCACAAAGAGGAGAUGAUCAAGAUAAACAAAGGCAAGCGCUUCCAACAGGCUGUUGAUGCAGUUGAGGAGUACCUAAAGAAGGCCAAGGGGAAAGAUCAGACACACUCUGAUGACAAAAGCAAGUCAGAUAAAGGCCGUAAAGCAGCUAAACCAAUGAAGAUCAUUGAAGAAGAUGAUGAAGAUGCCUUCAAGGGUGGCUCGUCGGACAAGGAACAGACUGAUUCUGACCCAGAGCCAUCCUCUGUACGACGGCUGGUCGCUGGAACAGUAUCAGGAUUCAAAUGGGAGAGCAGUCCAAUAAAGGAUGACCCACAUUUUCAUCACUUUCUGCUCAGCCAGUCUGNCUGCUCAGCCAGUCUGAGAAG